CUGUCACCCCACGGCCAGGCCCUGCCUGUCAGCUCCCACCUGCUCCGCUAUGGUGACAUCCCCACGGGCGUGGCACGUGCUGGCGGCGGUGGCCCUCUGCGCCCUGCUGUGCCUGGACGUGCUGGCGGCUGCCUACCCCCCGAAGCCCGAGAGCCCCGGGGACGACGCCUCCCCCGAGGAGCUGGCUCGGUACUUCUCGGCGCUGCGCCACUACAUCAACCUGGUGACACGGCAGAGCUGUGCCCUCCUGCCCGUGCCCACAGGUACGGCAAACGUGCCAAUCCCGAGGCUGCGGUGCUGGAGCUGCUCCGGGGGGCCAGCAGCGACAGGUCGCGGUUCGACGAUGACUCCGCUUGGUGACCACCACCCCCAGCCCCCCCGGACCCCAAACCCUUCCCGUGUCUCCCUAAGGGACCCAGGGCUCAGGGUGGGCUCCAGCCCCCGGGGCCAGUGUAGCCCCCCCCCUCAAUGAGAGGGUCAGGAACCCCUAGAGCCCAGCCCGGGGGGGGGUUCCUGACCUCACAUCCCCUCCUCACUGCCGUGGGGGGGUCCCGAGUGGUUCCUGUGUGCCCCAGAAUAAAGAGCACGAU